AUGGAUCUGGGCUGCACCAAGGACUCCCUUUCUCAAGCAGUCACUGCAUUUGGUCUUGAUGUCUAUAAUAAACUGAAUAAAAGUGGUGCUUGCAAAAAUGUCUUCAUCUCUCCUCUGAGCAUCUCAGCUGCUAUGGCCAUGGUUGUGGGAGGUGCCAUGGGAAGCACUAAAACUCAGAUGGAAAAGGCACUCCACUUUGUUAGAACUCCAGGAGAUACGAGGCUAUUACCUGCUUCUGCAGGUAAAACAUCUGAAGUUGUUCCAGAACAGGAGUCCGAAGAAAGAGCCACCUCAGAAUUCAAGAAACUCCUUUUGCAGCUGAAUAACCUCAGUCCUGCGUACCAGCUGAACCUGGCCAACAAUUUGUUCAUACAAGCAGGACACAAAUUUCUUCAGCAAUACCUCACUUUCACUAAGGAAACUUUUGGAGCUAUGCUACAGACAGUGGACUUUUCUAAUGCUGUUGAAGAAGCAAGGGAGAUAAUCAACCUUGAGAUUGAAAGACAAACCCAGGGAACCAUCAAGGAACUUUUUGCUCCAGGCGUGAUUGGGCCAGAAGCUGUGCUGGUGCUGGGGAAUGCCGUCUACUUCAAGGCAACUUGGGAACACCAGUUUGAUCCGAAUUGCACCGUAGAAAGAGCUUUUAGGUUGAGCAAGAAUGCAAGUAAACCUGUGCACAUGAUGCAUCAGAAAGGUAUUUUUAAGCUGGGAUACAUGAGGGGGACAAAUGCACGGAUCCUUUGCCUCCCCUAUGUUGGCGAAGUGCUCUCUAUGCUCAUCAUGCUGCCAAAGGACAUCGGUGAUCUGGAACAGGUUGAGAGCGCAAUGACCUGUGAGAAUUUUGCCCACUGGACUGCAUCUGAAAAUAUGGAAGAAGAUCAUGUGGAGGUGUAUAUACCCAGGUUUAAGCUAGAGGACUCCUUUGACCUCAACAUGACUUUGCAAGCCCUGGGGAUGAUUGAUGUGUUUGAUAAGUCAAAAGCCAACCUUUCUGGAAUGUCGCCCUCCCACCCACUCUUCUUGUCUAAUGUUCUUCAUAAGGCCUUUUUGGAGGUCAAUGAAGAGGGCACUGAAGCAGCAGCUGUAGCUGGUGCAGUGAUUUCCAUCAGAUCCUUAGUAACCUAUGAUCUGUUUUUGGUUGAUCACCCAUUCCUCUUCUGCAUCCAACAUAACCCUACCAAUACUGUCCUUUUCCUUGGCAAACUCUGCUCUCCAUAA